UUCUUUCUCCCCAAUUAUCCUUUUAUCCUUCUUCUUCCUCCUCCUCCUCUCAUCUUUCCCAAAUUUCCUCUCCUCUCUUCCCAAACCCUAACCCUAAACCUCUAAUCUCCUAACUCUACUCCUCCCAAUUCCCUUUCCUUUCCCUUCUCCCCAUCUCCCUGUCUCUCUACCUCUUCUUCUUCUCUCGACGGGUUGCGGAAUCGCUCGGGACAUUACAAUUCUCUACAUCGACGGGUUGCGGAAUCGCUUGGAAUAUUACACUCAGUCGCCGUUAUCAGGUACCAAUCAAUAGAAGCAAUGCCGGGAGUAAUACAAAAGUUCUUCAUUGCAUCUAUGGUCAUGUGGAUGGCCCCAGUUGCAAUAUUAUACGGGUUUAAUAACAAGUUAUUUCCCGGUACGCGUCAGCUUUCCUCCGAAUCCCAGACACUAUUAAGCGGAUUCGUUGCUGUUAUAUCGGUCAACUUGGUCAUCAUAUUGUACAUUUAUAUGGCAAUGAAAGAGCCCGCGGCUCAUGAGCAUCAGCCCGAUCCAUCCUUUUUAGCUGAAGCGAAAGCCAGUAUCAGCAAAAAUACAACCCAAUCCAGAGAAAAAGAGGAGUAAGAAUUAAUGUAAGUUAAAUGUGAAUUUAUCUCUAAUUAGAUGUUUUAUAUCCUUUUUACGUUCCACUAGUACUCUAAAAAGUUUUGUGACGGUAUAAUGAUCAGUGUGCAAUUGCUUGUUUUAAUUUUGAUUACAUAAAAACAAGUGUAUUAUCUUGUGUCUUGAUGGUGUGAAAGUUGGUGAUAGCAGUCAAGUUAGUGUAUGAACUCCCCAAUGCAGCAAUUUGUGCAGUUACUACAACUGCAAAUAACUAGAUAUUGGAACAAAGAUCAUGUUCAAACAACAUAUCAAGUUUAGUUGAAUGAUCUAUGAAAUAGCAUAAGUGGGUACUGUUUUCACUUCCAUUUGUCUUGUGAUAUUAUAACUCUCCAUUUCUUGAUUUAUUAUUAAUAAAUUAUUUACUUGCUUCGUACUUUCA